UAUCAAAUCUCCAAGAUGUUUAUGCCGAAGGCUCACCGGGAUGCCAUCUACAAGCACCUCUUCAAGGAGGGUGUGCUGGUGGCCGAGAAGGACCUCCACGCUCCAAAGCACUUGGAGCUGGACACCAUCCCGAACCUGCACGUCAUUAAGACGAUGCAGUCGCUCAAGUCGAAGAAUUUUGUGAAGGAGCAGCUUGUCUGGUGCCACUACUACUGGUACCUUACCAACGAGGGCAUCGAAUACUUGCGCGCCUAUCUGCACCUGCAGUCGGAGAUCGUCCCGUCGACGUUGAUGUGCGCUGCUCGUGCUGCUGGAUCGCUACGCGCCCAAGGUCCUCGCCCAGGCGGACCGAAUGAGGGACGGUCUGAAGACCGUCAGGCGUACCGGCGUACCCAGCAGGCCAACCCGGGUGACAAAAAAGGACAUGCUGGUGCCGGUGCUGAUGACCUGGAGUUCCGUGGUGGAUUUGGCCGAGAUAAGCGCAUGUAAAAUGCACGUUGAAGAUGAAGCCGCAAACUUGGAACGUUUGAAUUGCAGUUCCAAUUGUUGUUCCGGUAGGAUCC